AUGCAUCCCGUUAAUCCUCUCGAACGACUCGGUCAAAAAUGGUAUAUUUCCACUCCCAUGCUGGACGCCGUUGCGUCUGAUCUUCAGGACCAUGGAGUUGGGGAUUUUAUUGUAUUGAUGGACAACUCAGAUUUCUGCAUUUCUCGAACGUUGCCCCUUCAGUUUCCCACUCUAGAUUUCCGACAUAAAGUCAGUCGAGUUCGUCAGCUCUUUGAAGGCUACCGAGUUCCUGUACUCAGUUUCAUACACUCUUCCUUCCCACCUCCACAGUCGUUAGUCCCAGGCUCUAAUUCUGCCAUUGGGCACAAACCCUGCCCCAUAUCAAAUAAUAGCUCUUAUUUACUUGUCUUUCGGUCUGGUGCGUACAAAAUGGAUCAGUCGGUUGAUCUCGAUUUGGCUUUGGGACUUCGGCGUAACCCAUUUCAUUCUAUUAUCAGUACAAUUGCAGCCCCAGCUACCACUGACACAGUGCUCCCUCCCAGUAGUUCACCUCGAUUUGGCAAAACCACAGCUUCUGAACUUCGAUCGCCUAAAGCAAACUCAGGUGCUACAGACCGACAAUCGGGCCUCUUGCACAUAAUUCUCGUUGAGACGGCCUGGAAGAGUCUCGUAGAUGCGAGAUCGGCCGCCAGUCAAGCUGAUGCCUCUCCUAGAGAAUUUGGCGUCGAGAUUGGGAGUGUAGGAGCAUUUCUACCACGUACUGAGUGGGCCUGGACGGCUGGAGCAUUCACCUGCACUCUGACCUGCCCAGAAGCUCGUCAUCUCAUCAAGGCCUGGACUCGAUUGAGCAAUCUAAUCCGGCUACCUCAGACACAUCUUACUACUCGGGCUGGGACUUUGACCGUGGACGCCACAAAGUCCAUGUGA